ACGAGAAUAGUAAACCGACCAAUAUCCGGCAUCCCCGACUCAAAUUUCAAAUUUUCAGACACGCGAAGAGACUCGGUGAAUCUUGUGUAAUCGUCAGGCAGGGAGCUGUAAAAGCUCUAGCAUGAAGAAAUCUGUYUUCUUGUAAUGACAGUGAAAUGUGUCUAUGGUUCUACAGAUUGAAAAACGUUAAAGAUGGCAGUCCACAAUCCAUAGAGUCAUGCCUCUUCUGCUGUAAUGUGUAGAGUACUAUGGAACCCAUUACAUGUUCUUGUGACUUAUAUAUCGAUGAUACUUAGCUUAAACUUUCCUGGCACUUCAGUUUACGGAGCCGGUAACAUUCCUUUCGCUUGGAUGACUGCCACAUCAAUUUAUGACAAAUUUCACACAGCGCGUGAUGCGGUAUUAGGUAACAGCACUAGUGCUUGGUGCGCUGGAAACUCUACAUCUCAUCAGUAUAUACAGGUUAAUUUAGAAAAAGUGUUUGAAUUACAAGGUAUAGCAACCCAAGGUCUGUACUCWAAUUACAUCAGUGGCCAUGUAACUGCAUACAAGAUGAAAACUAGUUUGAAUGGUCUUUUAUGGCACGGAUAUCGUGAAAGUAAUCAGUCAAAAGAAAUGAUACUUCCAGGAAACAAUGAUUCCACCAAUGUAUCAUAUAACAUAUUGAACGGUUCUUGCAGUAAACCUCUUAAAGCACAGUUUGUCAGAAUUUACCCUGUUAAAUGGUUAAACAAUAUUUGCAUGCGCAUUGGACUUUUUGGAGUUCCAAGUACUUGCUCUUUGUCAAACAACUGUUGCAUUACAAAUGAAUCAGACAUCAAAAACUCGACGUCUCCAUGUCCUCGUGGUUUCUAUAGAGACGGCAAUAUCUGUUCAGAUAUYGAUGAAUGUAUCAGUAAUAUCACGUGUCGUGCUAAUUCCACGUGUGUUAACAUCCCUGGUUCUUUCAAUUGUACCUGUCUGCUUGGUUAUCAUGGCAACGCUAGUAAAUGCAUUGACAUUAAUGAAUGCGCCACUGCCAACCAUUCCUGCUCGACCCAUGCACAGUGCAUUAAUGUUCCCGGAUCAUAUACUUGUCGCUGUACAUCCGGCUAUCAUGGCAGCGGUCAUAAGUGUCUAGAUGUUGACGAAUGUGGAAUGAAYUUAAGAAGUUGCCAUAAAAACGCAAGUUGCACCAAUACACCAGGGUCUUAUACGUGUGAUUGCAAAAAUGGUUAUGAAGGAGAUGGACUUAAUUGCAAAGAUGUGGACGAAUGUAAAAGGAGUCAUAUUUGUCCACGACACGCCGUCUGUACAAACCUUCCCGGUUCGUUUUAUUGUGCCUGUACACGUGGGUACCGGUCUUCUAGUGGUAACUGCACAGCUGACAGUGUUGCUGGUCAAUUCACUCACCGUAGGUAUCUUGGUAUUGCCAUUGGUUUGCCUGUAAUAGUAAUAGUUGUUGUGAUAUCAGUCUCCUUGGCAUACAUCGUCACUCGUCGCAGGCGAAAACGUGUUGUGCGUCGUCCAAAACCUUCGAACCAAACAAGUUCACGUCCACCGAGCACAGUGAUUGGUCAAAUUGAUAAAUUGCUAUUUGAUGAUGACCGAAAACUCCGAGAUUCGGUCUCAUUGAACUCUUUGCAAUUUAGUAUACCAAGCGUACACCCAUCAUUAACAGCUUUAAAUAAUAUCACGAUAAACAAUACGAAAACUUCUCAUGAAACAUUAUAAGGACUUUGAUUUGAGAAAAUUAGUACUGGUCCACCAGUACAGUGUUGAAGAUAAACAGUACCAUUGAUAUUUCCGAGGACAAUUUUAUGUAACAAUAGACUUAAGAUCCAAUAAAAAAUCGAAAUAUUAGUAAAA